ACUUGAUCAUUGUUAAUAUUAUCAUCAUAUGACUACAAUAAAGUAUUAUUUAAAUUUUAAUGUUUAAAGUAUGAACUUUUCAAGUAAGGUUAAUUUGAAUUUACACCAUGCUUUUAACUUUAAAAUCGAGAAUUACAGUAAGGUGGAUUGGUAGGCAUUGUAUACUAACCUGGUUGGGUUAAAGUCCUACAGCCGUGUAUAUCACUUAAGUACUGCUUAUUUGCACUGAUAAUUUUAAACUAUAAUUUAUUACUAUUAAUGUUAUUAUAAAAUAUUAAUUGUAAUGAUAAUAUAAUUUUGUUUCUCUUGAACGUUUUAAGUGUUGCAUUUGCAUAACACAAUACUUUCUUCACAACUACCAUUAUAACAAAAAUAAUCAAUUUUUUUUUUUAUUAACAUACGUUUAUAUAAUUUAAAAUGCUUGAAGUUUUUGAGUUAAAGUGUUCGAUUCAGAAAUAUUAUUGGGGGAAAAAAGGUAUGGAAAGUGAGGUGAGCCGAUUAAGUUUAGCUGGUGGACAUAUUGAUUCCGUGGACGAACAACAAACUUAUGCUGAGCUUUGGAUGGGCACCCUAGAUAAAGGAAUGGCUAAAGUAAAGGCAAAUGGACAAGAUUUAAAAUGUUGGUUAGAUGUUAAUCUUGAAGCUUUAGGAGAUGCGUCUAGAGCCAAAUUUGGUAAUAAUUUACCAUUUUUAUUAAAAGUUUUGUCCAUAAAUUCAGCUUUGUCAAUUCAAGUACAUCCAGAUAAGGAAUGUGCUGCAAAGCUGCACAAAAAAUUCCCUGAACUCUAUCAGGAUUCUAAUCAUAAACCAGAAAUAGCUAUAGCUUUAAGUGAUUUUGAAGCUCUUUGUGGUUUUCGACCAUAUACAGAGAUAAAAAUAUUUUUGGAAGGUACUAGUGAAAUACCAGAAUUUAAAGUAAUAAUUGGAUCUGAUCUUAUUGAUCAGUUCAAGAAAAAUAAUUCUGACGAUCAAACAUUAAUUAAACAUAUAUUUUAUAAACUAAUGACAACAGACAAAGAUAUUAUAAAACAAAGUAUAAUUUAUCACAAAAACAAAUUAAAAGAGCUUGAAAUCGCUCAAAAAGAAAUAUAUUUGGAAAAAUUAUUUUGUCAGCUUGAUUGUUGGUAUCCUGGUGAUGUUGGAUGUUUUUGUAUUUAUUUCCUGAACUACAUUAAACUGUCACCCGGUCAAGCAAUAUAUUUAGAUGCCAACGUCCCUCAUGCGUACAUAAACGGAGACUGUAUAGAAUGUAUGGCUUGUUCUGAUAAUGUAAUACGAGCUGGUUUAACUACAAAAUUUAUUGAUGUUAAGACUUUAUGUGAGACUAUGAACUAUAAUGGCGCACCUGCUGAAUCAAAAUUAUUUUACGGAGUUCGAGAAAAUGUUUGUACUACAUUAUUUAAGCCACCUGUACUCGAUUUUGCAGUAGCUUACAUUGAGAUACCCCCAAAUACGACAUAUGACAUAACUGUUAGACAUGUUGCUUCUAUUGUUCUUGUGUUUCACGGAGAAUGUACAGUUAAUGGACCAUCUAGUCAUUUCAUUUUCUCUAAAGGAAAAGUUAUAUUUAUACCUGCUAACGUUCCAGUCAAAAUAAUUGCUGGUUCUGAAAUUGUAUGUAUCUACCAAGCAUUUGCAAAUGUAUAAAAUUUUAGCUUUCACAAUCACAAUUUAUUAUUAAAUGUGAAUUACAAAUAAUAAAUAUUGAGUACAGACAAUUAUAGCAUUUAUUUGUUACUAAA